AAUGACGCAAAAAUCGGGUCGACCAAAGUUUUUUACUCCUUGCGAAGUAAGUGUUCAUAAUAGCACCGAAGAUAUAUGGGUAUCGUUUUUGGGAAAAGUUUACGAUUUGACAAUACUAUGCGAAAGAUAUAAAGGAGAUAUUUUACUCAAACCAAUAUUACAGGCUGGAGGAACAGAUAUAUCCCAUUGGUUUGAUACGAAAACAAAAAAUGUUAGAAGUUACAUAGAUCCUGUUACAGGGUGUAAAAUUCCCUUUACUCCUUAUGGUCGUUUUAUCCAUGUACCGCCACCGUAUCCCGAUUCCUCUUGGGCAAACGAUUUCGGUAGACCUUGGUGGAGGGACGAAAGUUACUGUAUCGGUCAAUUGUCCGUUAAAACUCGCCGUAUAAAGAUUAUAAAUACUCUUACUUCUGAAAGUGAGGUAUUAGAGGUGUGUUCCGAGGAAACAAUGAAUGAGAUACGGAAACGUUAUUUUAAGUAUAACGCUCACGCUUCGAGUUAUACUUGGAAAUAUGAUUGUCGUGAAUUGAAUAUGGAUCAAACACUGAGCGAGAAUAGUAUUUUAGAUGAGGAUCAAGACUUUUACGAUUUAGGAAUAAAUGACGAUGUAUUCCUUCAGCCCAUACUCUUAUAUUAUAACGACGAUUUAACUGAAGCCUGA